AGAUGGCUGCAGCAGAGGAGAAGAAAUUCCAGCAACAGAUUUUGGCACAGCAGAAGAAAGAUCUGGCGACCUUUUUAGAAAGUCAGAAGAAGCAAUACAAGCUUUGCAAGAAAAAGAUUAAAGAAGAGAUGAAUGAGGACCACAGCACACCAAAAAAAGAGAAGCAAGAGCGAUUAUCCAAACACAAAGGGAAUCUGCAGCACACACAGGCCGAAGAGGAAGCCCAUCUUCUCAGCCAGCAGAGGCUCUACUACAACAAAAACUGCUGCUUCUUCAGGCGAAAAACCAUGAUUAAGAGGCACGAGAUGGAGCAGCAGAACAUUCGGGAGCUAACAGAAUGAAGGCUAUGCCAGUGUCAGCUCAGUGGAUCUCGUCCUGGAUCACAGCGUGUUACGAGCUGGCUCAUGUUCCAGCUCCCCUUAUUACAGCUCACUCCACUAGGGCCCAAGCUUCAUCCGCUGCCUUUGUGGCCCAGGUGCCUGUUGCAUAAAGCCUCCACCCGAGCUAUUACUUGAUUUUACACAUGUAUUUUCUGGAAAUACACUAAACUGGAAAG